AGGGCGUUGAACCCGCCAAAAAAUCAUCUUUGUCCACGCUGUUCUCUCUCUCUCUCUCUCUUCCCCAAACCUGGCUGAAACCACUCUCUACGCUCGACUUCACAUUUGGCCACUCAGGCGUCCGAAAAUCUCGAGACACAGAUAGUAACAAACAAACACAAUGCCAGGAACAACACCAAUCCGAAAACACGAACGCGCUUUUUUAUUCUCUUUCCCCGCGAACGAUUCAUUCUCGAGCUUUCUCUAUCCCUCCAAGAAAACCAAAAAGUAGUGGUGGCCUUCCAAAAAAAAUGAGCGUGAUCGACAUUCUCUUCCGCGUCGACGAGAUAUGCAAGAAGUACGACAAGUACGACAUCGAAAAGCAACGCGACCUCAAUGCCUACGGCGACGAUGCCUUCGCUCACCUCUACUCCUCCCUCGAAGCCGAAAUCGAAGCUGCUUUACAUAAAUCUGAGAUAGCUUCAAUGGAGACUAACAGGGCAUCUGCUGUGGCAAUGAAUGCGGAGGUUCGUCGAACCAAGGCUCGAUUGAUAAAUGAAGUUCCUAAGCUGCGAAAAUUGGCAAUGAAGAAGGUUAAAGGUCUUUCAAAAGAAGAUCUAGCUGCCCGUGAUGAUCUGGUUACUACACUUCCUGAGAGGAUUCAAGCAAUUCCAGAUGGUACCACAACUGCAGCCAAACAAACUGGAGGGUGGGGAGCUUCAGCAUCCCAUAAGAAUAUCAAGUUUGACUCACCAGGUGGAAAUUUUGACAGUGAUUUUUUCCAACAAACUGAAGAAUCAAGUCAAUUUAGACAAGAAUAUGAAAUGCGGAAAAUGAAACAGGAUCAAGGUCUUGAUUUCAUAUCAGAUGGAUUGGGUACACUGAAAAAUUUGGCUGAAGAUAUGAAUGAGGAAAUGGACAGGCAGGUUCCAUUAGUUGAUGAGAUUGAGACAAAGGCGGACAAGGUGACAUCUGAUAUGAAAAAUACUAACAUUAGGCUCAAGAAAAGUCUGACCCAGUUGAGAUCCAGUCGAAACUUUUGCAUUGACAUCGUUCUGGUGUGUAUAAUUCUUGGUAUCAGUUCCUACCUAUAUAAUAUUUUGAGCUGAACUGAUUUUGAAGGCUUCUUCUACAGCUUAUCGUAUCAUAAAGCUGUCUGGUAAUAACCUUCAUUAUUUGAGGGCUUCUCAUGUAUCUUUUCAAGACCAUCUGUUCAUCAGUUAUUUUAUUUGUACUGCCAUUUUAAAGAUUGGUCUAGAUUUUGCUAACAAAGUAGACGACCUAUAAAUUUCUAGCUCACCACAGUUUCAAGCUUAUAGUUAAUGAUCAAAUUGUGUCACAGUGAUAUGUUAUUGCUUUUCUUUUUCGUUUAUGCCCACUUUGAAUGAAAACCUUUUUUUCUCU